CGGCUCUUAGCGAUAUAGGUACUCUACAACGGCUGUUGAUCUGUCUUGUCACUAUACUUGACUUUGUAUACAAUUGCAGACAGAGGCAUCAAAAUGGCUCUUUUAGUGGAUAGAUUGCGACCUCGUUCGCUUGAUUCUCUAUCCUACCAUCAUGAACUUUCCGCGCGUCUAAAGUCAUUGGCUCAAAGUGGCGAUUUCCCUCAUCUCCUGAUGUAUGGGCCGUCGGGUGCAGGCAAGAAGACCCGUGUGAUUGCGACGUUGAAGGAGUUGUACGGCUCGGGAGUAGAGAAGAUCAAGAUUGACGCCAGAGUCUUCCAAACGACAAGCAAUCGAAAACUUGAGUUCAAUAUCGUAUCAUCCGUCUAUCAUCUCGAGAUUACCCCAUCCGAUGUUGGCAACUAUGACCGGGUGGUCGUCCAAGAGCUGCUCAAGGAGGUCGCGCAGACUCAACAGGUUGAUUUAUCUGCGAAACAACGGUUCAAAGUCGUUGUCAUCAACGAGGCGGAUCAUUUGACUCGCGAUGCGCAAGCAGCGUUGAGACGAACGAUGGAGAAAUACAGCCCCAACCUGAGACUGAUCCUGCUGGCAAAUAGCACGUCGAACAUUAUUGCUCCCAUCCGUUCUCGAACCCUGCUGGUCAGGGUCGCCGCACCUACAGAAGAACAAAUCUGCUCGGUAUUACAGAACGCUGGUAAAAGAGAAGGCUGGCCGGAGGCCCCUGGACUCAACAAGAGAAUAGCCAAGGAGAGCGAUCGCAAUCUUCGGCGAGCGCUUCUCAUGUUCGAGGCGAUAUAUGCUCAGACCGAGAAGAUACUCGCUGAGCGGUCACCGGCCCGUUUGCUGGAGGUCCGCGCGCGGUUAUAUGACCUCCUCACUCACUGCAUACCACCUACAACAAUCAUCAAGACUCUGACUUUCAAGUUGGUUGCAAGAGUCGAUGAUGCAUUGAAGCCGGACGUAAUUAAAUGGUCCGCUUUCUACGAGCACAGAAUCACUCAAGGAAGCAAAGUGAUUUUUCACCUAGAGGCCUUUGUUGCCAAGUUUAUGCGCAUCUACGAAAGUUACUUGAUGGGCAUGGACUUCUAGGCACAUCUUUUGCCAUGACUAAUGAAUGUAUAAAAUGGGCUGUAUCCCAAAAGUAAGAGGUAUUGAUUGCAUUGAUGGAUGGACCCUUGUGAUACCGGUUUGCAUACUCUGUAAUACAUAGUCCAUAAAUUGAGGUGACUCGGUCAAAUCUCUUGUUGCGCAGAAAAUGGUGUGGUUUUGUCAGUGCACAGCAGUAGACAUUUUACAUACCAAAGC